AUGGCCGAGGAGAAGCCCCGGCCUCAUGUCAAGAUCCUGCAGAGUAGCUCGAUUCGUCUACCUGAGUUUAAACCGUACCAACCUAAUCCUGCUCUGAGCCACACACCCGAAUUCCAACGACAUACUUGCAAAGACUGCAAAAGACUGAUCUUGGAGCUCCUUGAACACCCAGCAGGUAGCUCCUCAGGCGGAUACAGCAACUCUGAAAGUCACCGUGAUGGGCUUCUGUCCUCUUUAGUACAUAGUUCUGCCAGUUGCCGCGUAUGCGCUGUUAUCGUCAACCAGAUUAUGUCCGAUCGCGCUGACGUUCAACAUGAAUUCACUCAUUAUCAGCUUGCUUUGAAAGCCAAGAAAAAUAGUUUUUGUGUCAGGCUCACAAAUGAUUCGGAAGCGGCUGACACCACCACCAGGAGAAAUAUUUACGGCGAAUUUGCCCUUUAUCGCAGCGAAUUACCGAAGGAGUUCUCUUGGUUAGAUUUUGGAAUUGUCUAUACACCCACGCGGAACGACUUGUCCGUUAGUUGUCAGCCGUAUCUUGCGUCGCGAAAUUAUCCUUGGCGUGAAAAGGCAAUUGACAAAAUCAAGGGCUGGAUAGAUGCCUGUGAAACAAAACAUGGUCACUGCCCCGGAAGGCAGUCUACCGCCCUCCCUGAACGGGUCCUCAAGAUUGCAAACGAUAGCGUUUCUCUCUACAUAUCCCAGAAAGGGGAUGUUCAAACUGAAGAUCAACGCUACGUCGCUCUGAGUUACCGAUGGGGGAACGACCUUCCUGUGAAACUGACCAAGGACACCAUGGGAGACUUCAUCAAAGGACACCCCAUCUCAAAGCUGCCUGAGACUCUCCAAGACGCAGUGCGCAUCUCUCGCAAUCUAGGCUUCAAGUUUAUCUGGAUCGAUGCUCUCUGUAUCGUCCAGGAUGACGAAAAUGACUGGGUGGAACAGUCGGCCCUGAUGGCGGAUAUAUACCAACGCAGUAGCCUCAACCUGUGCGCGGCGGACUCAGCAGGUUGUGGCUCAGGAAUGGUGGAAAUGGUAGCGCCGCACUUGAUAGAAAUUGCUGCUGCAACGACCCAAUCCACGGAUACGGAUGUGGGCUUCUUUCCAGGGGGAUGGGUCUUCCAAGAGGGCCUCUGCUCCCCUCGCGGCCUCUAUGUUAGCCGUCGGCACGGCUUAUGGUGGGACUGCGGAACGAUGAUCGAUAUGAUUGACAGCCGUGAGUCAAUAUCGACCGGGGAUUUUGAUCAUGCAUUCAACCCACGCACCGAAAGGCGGUCCUUUUUGUCUCUUACCAAAAAUGCGAACCAUCGCUCUAUGGCAGUCCGAGAUUUCUCCUUCACCUGGUAUGACUGGAUGGAGCUCUAUACAUCGAGAUACCUCACGCGAGAAACAGAUCGUCUCCCUGCCGUAGCGGGUAUGGCCUCUUACGUCGCCUCGCUAUCGGGAAUGAAGUACAAGGCCGGGUUGUGGGAGGAAGAUAUUAUAUGCGGACUGAUGUGGCGUAGAGGCAGUUCGGGCCACGCCAAGCGAGUACCAGGAGGCGCACCUACUUGGAGCUGGGCUUCGAUCACCGGGCCAGUCUAUUACGACGAGUUCUUUACCAUGCGUGUUAACCACCGUGGGAAGAUUGACCAUUGUGCCGAGUUGGACCUCGACAUCAUGGACACGACCAUCGAAGAAGAGCGGCCAGGUACAUUUGGGAAUGUCCGGCGCGGAGAAAUCAAGGCCUCUGGCGUCAUGAAGCACGCAGCGAUGAUGCUGCUGAGAGAACAGUGGAAUACGAAAUGGGAAUUCGAUAUACAGCCCAAAGAACCCAAAGCUGAAGUCCUCGAACAUUGCCAAGUACUCCGGCUCGCGAAAGCCUACCGGGAUAAGGAGGGUACCCCCCCAGUUGUCUAUUUUCUAAUUAUCCGGGAAACAGGCCGGCGCGAAAACGAAUACCAGCGCGUCGGUCAAGGGUGUAUCAUGCUAAAAUACGACCAGCACCCGAAUCGUUGGGAACUAUUUCGUAUUUAUCGAGACAAGAAGCCUGAUUAUGGGUUUUUAGAGGAGGAGAUAUGGGGGGGCUUAAGAAAGCUUUGUUGA